AUCCAAUGUAAAUGCCACUCAUGUCAAAUUUGUCGAUAUGAUACUUUUUUGUAAAAAAGUGUUUUAGUUUAGAAUUAUUAAAGUUUUGUGUAUUUCUCUUUACGAUGUUACACGAUUAUUGCAGCAUUUCGUAAUUAUAUUCUUCGCUUUCACAAUAAGGUAAUGUGAAAUCAUGUUUGGCUACAGUAAAGAAGCAGUAAGAGUGAAAGUCAAGAAAUGCGAGGGUAAGCUUCAGCCCGAACUGAGGAAGUUCUCUGUUGAUCCGCAAAUAACAUCCUUGGAAGUGCUACAAAGUAUACUUGUGAAAGCAUUUGAUAUUAAGUCAGAUUUCACACUAUCCUUUAGAACAACAGAUGACUAUGGCCAGGAGAUUUAUUUGCCACUUCUCUCUGACUGGGACUUGGAUGCUGCUUUUCUUAAGGCACAUAAUAUAGCUCUGACUCAAAAAUCUGAGCCAUGUGUGCAGCUAAGAGUGGAUAUGAGACCUUUUGCCGAGGCAUCGGAGGACUGGGAGCCUCCAAGUGUAAGUCCAGCUGCUCCAAUGGUGAACCAGAGUUACAAGGAACAACCUACCAUAGCUCCAGCACAGCAUCAGACUGAGAAACAAGAAACACAGACAGGAUUCCAAGGAAUGAUAAUGAACCAGGUUGAAAAAACAUUCAACAUGGUGACAAGAGCUCUGAACUUAUAUGACGACCCUAACAACGCGCCGCGGCCGCCACUCAGUGACAUUGAGUUCAGAGCGUUCUUGGAUGCAGUGGGACAAAUAACUAACACCUCGAAACUGAGAGAAGUGAUAUACUGUGGUGGUAUUGAUCCUAGCUUAAGAAAAGUUGUAUGGAAGCACAUUCUCAAUGUAUACCCCGAUGGCAUGACAGGCAAAGAAAGAAUGGACUAUAUCAAAAGAAAAGCAAAUGAAUAUUAUGGACUCAGAGCAAAGUGGAAAGACUGUAUACAAAAAGGGAUGGUAAAUGCUGACUUAGCUUACGUGACUGGAAUGGUUCGCAAAGACGUGUUACGGACGGACAGACAUCACAACUUUUACGCCGGGAGUGAUGACAACCAAAAUAUUGCUUCACUCUUUAAUAUACUUACUACGUACGCCCUGAACCACCCUACAGUAAGCUACUGUCAAGGUAUGUCCGACCUAGCAUCACCAUUGCUCGUCACAAUGGGGGACGAAGCACACGCCUACAUAUGCCUGUGUGCACUCAUGACCCGCCUGUACCCCAACUUCCUACUAGAUGGAGAGGCCAUGACCUUAAAAUUCUCACACCUGACCGAAUCGCUGCAAGUCUACGACCCCGACUUCUACAACUAUCUGAAAUCUCAACAAGCUGACGACUUACUAUUCUGCUAUCGCUGGUUACUCUUAGAAAUGAAACGAGAAUUCGCCUUUGACGAUGCUCUAAGAAUGCUCGAAGUCUUAUGGGCAUCGCUACCUCAAAAGACUCCAAUAACCGAUUUAUCUCUUAAGGAAAAAGAAUUUGACCCUGCUAUCGAGAUAGACGAUGAUCCGCCUCCUCUAAGUCCCUUGAUAAAAGCUCCCCGAGAGAAUGCAUACACCAAAGUGUGCGCCAUUAGACGACAGAGCUCAAGCUUCAGCCUCGCCAACGUUAAAGCACCGAAACUAGCCACCUGUAAGCAAAUGAACCACAGCUUAGACGAGAACGCCACACGAAAAGUUGUGACUAAUUCUUCAUUAAAACACGCGAAAGAAUUCCAAAGUCUAGAUGACGCUACUCUACAGGCGCAGAAACCGAAGUUAGAUAGAUACGACGCUGAGAAAAAUAAAGAAAAUAGUUUAUCGCCAAAAGAAUCAAAUAAAGUUCAGACUAGGAGGAGUAUGAAGAGUGUUCCAGAACAUGAGAAAACUCCGUCAGCACAAGACGCUCACGCAACCGCGUGGUGCAGCACUGGGAACUUAAUGAACGGAACAUCACACGGAGACGUGAAGGAUACUCCUCUAGGCAACCAAAUACGAUUACUGCGCGAUAAGAUAUCCGUACAUAAUAACAAAUUCUUCUCUUCACUUGACAAACUUGACUCUGAAUCUGUUAGCAUAGAGUCAUCUAGCAAACCGAAAGUAAAAAUGAUUAAAAAUCUAAACGAAUUCCUUAACUUUGCGACAGGUAGCAAGGUAGGUGCGGUUACACAGGAGAAGUUGCAAAGAACUCACUCUGUUAUAGAGCGGAGCUCCAAGGACUGUCCAAGGAUAACUCUCACUAAAACAUCGCUCGAUGAUGUGAGGGUGCACCAUUCGAAAACUGAUAAAAGUAACAAAAUGAAUAAGAAUAUUUAUUCAGACGCUAACGACGGCAGCAGUCCUGAUGAUUCACAAGAAUAUUACCCCAUGACAACGUCUAUGACUAGAGAAUUAAGACUUGAAUUAGAACAUUUGGACAGACAAGUAUUUGGCCCUUCGUACAUUAACAGAUGUAGCAUGAUGUAUGACUCUCCUUCAGACUCCACUAGCACAGACGACAAACCAACACACGAUUGUACUGAGAUAAAACAAGAUCUCAAAGUAAGAGAUACCACAGAAACUCGACCGCAAGUAUUAGAAACCACUAAGAAAUCGCCAUUGCUUGAAACUGUUAGAUCUAAUGCGAGGAGCGCUGAGGAUAUUUAUUUAUGGGAGAAUCCGUUACAUAGGAAUACGCCGACGACACGAACAACAGCGAGUUGCCCGCAGACACCUGACGAACAGGCGGAGUUGGAUUUCGACGGAGAUACCGGGGAAAUAUUUGAAGAACAUUCUGGUAAAAAAUCCAUCACACCAAUAAGAUUACUAAGGAAAAAUCAGUCAUUAGAGCCCCAAGAAGUAUAUCGAGAUACUAAACAUUCUAAUACACACUCUAGUGGUUCGGAAUCUGAAAAGGACAUCGGUGAGUCGAUAAACGUAGAAACAAUAAAAAAUAAUCAACCGAAUAAUCCAAACACGUCAAGGUCGCAGAAAUUCUUCUCAAGUAUGUCGCAAGAAUUAGAAAACGCAAAAAAGAACUGCGAGUCUCUCUUAAAUGCCAAACAAACAAACCUUCACAGUGUUGCAUCAACUAUAAACAGCUUUCAAAAGAAAUACGAGGUGUUUAAACCUCCGAUGCAAAAAACUGCCAGCAUUUCAUCAGUGUCGAGUGACAAUUCAGCUAAGACGAGCAUCAGCAGCCUUCCACCGCCGACACUGUUCGGAGGUGGAAAUCCAUUUCUGAUGUUCCUUUGUUUGACCGUGUUGCUACAACACCGCGACUACAUCAUGAGGAACCGCAUGGAUUACAACGAGCUGGCGAUGCAUUUUGACAAAAUGGUUCGUAAACACAACGUUAACAGGGUACUGAACCAGGCGCGACAAAUGUAUGCGAUUUAUUUGAAGCAGCAAGCACAUAAGACUGGCGAUAUAACUACUUAAUAUAAGGACGGAAAGAUCUCGUGUAAUAAUUUUAUUGCUCAUAAGGUAUAAUAUUUUUGGUCAUUAUUAUAAUUAUUAUAUUUAUGUACGUAAUAAAACACCAGUAGAAUAAGAAUUACAAUGAUAGUAAUGAACUAUUUAAUCCCAAUUUUCUGUAUAAUAAGAUAAUUAAACAUUGAUUCGCGUCUCCAACUUCUUGUAGAAUGACUAUUAAACGAUAUUAAAGUUGGACCAUUAAACGAUCUUAAUCAUAGGACGAAUUAACUCCAGGUAUUUACUUUACGAAAACUACUGGG